GUACUGAACCAAACAAAAUUUCAAUAAAAAAUAAUAUAAUUAUCUUUAAUUUUUAAGUAAAAAUAUAACAAUUUAUGUUAUUAUAAAGAUAAAAUCAUAUUAGUAUAUAAAUGAAAGGCAACACACGAUUUGGUAGAAUCAACAACCAUGUUGAGCAAUUUAGGGUCGUUUAUUAUUUAUUGUUUCAUUUUUUCGGUUUCAUGCAGUGGAACUGUGAGUGGAGCAAUGACCGAUGAAGAAGUAAAGGCUAUGUUCACCAAAGUAAUCUUAAAAUGUGCUUCCAAAUUCAAAGCGGACAUGAAAGAUAUGAUGACUUUGGCGUCUCUACAAACGCCCACCGAUCCUCAAGUAAAAUGCAUUUUGGCUUGUGCUUAUCGUGAUAUAGGAACGAUGAAUGACAAGGGGCUUUACGAUUUGGAAAGGGCAUACAAAAUAUCUGAAGAACUCCAGAAAGGCGAUGAAAAGAGGAUCCAGAAAGGAAAGGAAUUGGCCAAAACGUGUUCUUUAGUGAACGAUGAAACAGUAACUGACGGGGAGAAAGGCUGUGACAGAGCUGCAUUAAUAUUUGAAUGUAGCGUCAAAAAUGCUCCUAAGUUUGGAUUCAAAGUUUAAUGCAGCUAUGGGUCUACAAUGCUCCACUGUAUGUAAUUAAUAAUUAAAGAAUAUGAUG